AUGACCUCCCCCUACCAUCGCCGUCCUAUACCAGAUUACUUCCUCGCCUCCCCACUUGCCGCUUUCCUCUAUCCUCUCCACCACAUUCUCCUCAGACUCCGCGGACCACCUCGAUUACCUCCACCAGACGCCCACCCGAUCCGAGUAGUCUGUAUCUCCGACACCCACACCCUCGAGUGGGACGAUGUGCCAGACGGUGAUCUUUUAAUUCACGCCGGCGAUCUAUGCAAUGAUGGCAGCGUGCGCGAGAUCCAAGCAGCGGUAGACUGGCUCCAAGGACUACCACAUCCCCACAAGGUAGUCAUUUGCGGCAAUCACGACAGCUACUUUGACGUACGGUCACGACUGGAAGAAGACCGGGAUAAAUCUUUCGCAACGUCCCACCGUAUCGACUGGGGCGACAUCCACUACCUCCAACACUCCGCUGUCACCAUCUCCUUCCCCACACCUUCAUCCACCGGCUCUCGAGCCCGCUCUCUCACCAUCUACGGCGCCCCUCAAAUCCCCGCCCUUGUACCCUUCGGCCCCGAACAUGCCUUUACCUAUCCACCCCACUACGACGCCUGGUCAGGCACCGUACCUCUAAAGACCGACAUCCUCGUCACUCACACCCCACCACAAUCCCAUCUCGACCUCUCCCCCGUCUACUCCACCGGCUGCCCAUUCCUCCUCACAGAAGCAUGGCGCGUCAAGCCCGCCCUCCACGUAUUUGGGCACAUCCACGCCGCUUACGGCAUGGAGCCAGUCUAUUGGGACGAGGCGCAGAAAGCGUGGGAACGACUCUGUGCGUCGCGGCGACGACGGGCCCGUAAUGGCCGGUUCAGCUCGCUCUUUGGCUUCCUCCGAGACCUAUUCGAUAUUUCCGGAUGGGUUGACUCGGCCCGGGUCGUGGUUUAUGGUGUUUUGGGAGUGGUGUGGGCUAAGGUUUGGGGUGGUGAAAAUCGCGGCUGCGGAUGGAUGGUGAAUGCAGCUUGCAUGUCUCGUGAUUCGAAAGGAUUGUCAAAUAAGCCGCAGGUCGUAGUUUUAUAA